AUGUCUGACGCUACCUACCACACUACUGGCCAGGACAUCCGCAAGGCCGAGUCCAAGGUUGCCCAGUCUCACGGUGGCAAGCCCCCAGCCGACUCCGACGUCUCCCAGAUGAAGUCUGUCAUUGACCAAAACACCAACAAGCCCGCCGAAAUUGAGAAGACUAAGGCCAACCUGCCCUUGCCAGACCAGCCCCCUACAGCCAGCGACUGGAACUCUCUUGACCAGCGUACUACCGCUGUUGGCUCCGGCCGCUUUGAGUUCCCCCCUGACAACAGCGGUCUUCGUGAGGGCGCCACUGCUGCCAGCAGUGCCCGCAUUGAUGGCCAGGAGCUGCACAAGACCACUGCCCCUGGUGACAAGAUUGGCCGCCAGGGUGUUGAAGGACUAGACCACCUCCCUUCUGACGCUACGACCCGUUAA